AUGGCUAUGCACUUCAGGCUGCUUCUUAUCAAGGCCAUGCGCAAGUGGUACAGAUACUGCUGGAUCAAGGCGCAGAGGUCAUUGCUCAAGGUGGAAAGGCUUAGAAGCGGCACAGAACCCCCCAUUAUGGCACCUAUCUGA